CCUAAGCUGGGGGCGGGGCGUCCCUCGGUCUCGUUCCCCCUUCCUUUUAUUAUUUAUUAUCAUUUAAAGGGGCCGCGACCUGAAGUUUUCCGUCCACUCCGUCGCGGCUCUCCAGCUCCCCCUCCGCCUCCUCCCACCGUGGGCGUCCUCAGAUUGAGUUGCAGCGGGGCGGGAGCGGGGGACACCCCGGAGAGGUGUCCUAGGAAAGCUUGGAAAGGGGGACCCUGGAGAGACACCCACUACCUCCUGCGUCCCCGGGGCUGCUGAAUCACCGGCGAGGAGUCUGCUAGCACUUGAAUGAGCCUGAUACAAGCUCCCACCCCUGGGUGCCCGACGUGACAACAGGAGCCCAUUGGUCACCCCUGGCAUGCUCCACCAGCCCUCAGCCUGAGUCCGUGGCCCCCGCCCCCGCCGGCCGCCACCCUGCACUGUCCGGGCUCCCCCGAGGCCCCCACGCUGCAGUGCGGCCGAGACCCUUCCCCGAAGGGGCCGCCCCCGCCGCCCACCCCUGGUGCCCGGGGUGGGCCACCCCGCAGGGCCAUGAAGCUGCAGGCUGUGAUGGAGACUCUCAUUCAGAGGCAGCAGCGUGCCCGGCAGGAACUGGAGGCCCGGCAGCCGCCGCCCCCACCGCCUGAGCCCACCAGCGCCCGGGCUCGGACUGCUGUGACAGACGAGGACAGGGAGCCCGAGAACGCCCGGAUGCAUAGGACGCAGAUGGCCGCGCUGGCUGCCAUGCGGGCCGCCGCCGCCGGCUUGGGACACCCGUCCUCCCCCGGUGGCUCCGAGGACGGGCCUCCUGGCUCAGAAGAUGAAGACACAGCCCUUGAAGGGACUCUGAGUUCACCUGCCCUGCGUGGAAGAGGCCGGGAGGGGCCGGGACACGCUGAAGGAGACGGGCAUUUGCUGGACCUCGGCUUCGAUGGUGACCCGAAACCCAAGUGGGAGGAGCAGGAGCUGGAAGACCUGGGGGAGGAGGAGGAGGAGGAGGAAGAGGAGGAGGAGGAGGACUUCGAGGAAGAGGAGGAGGAGGGUCUGGGCCCCCCAGGGUCUGCCGGCCUGGGCUCUGCAGGCCUGUUCACCCGCAAGGCCCAGCCCGCUCAGGCUUUCCGUGGAGAUGGUGGUCCCAAGAUGCUGGGUGGCCCUGAGCGCCUGGGACCUGGCCCUGCCCACCCCCCCCCCACGGCAUCCCAGAUGCCACCAGCGGACCACGGAGACUGGACGUUUGAGGAGCAGUUCAAACAGCUCUAUGAACUGGACGCAGAUCCCAAGAGGAAGGAGUUCCUGGACGACCUGUUCAGCUUCAUGCAGAAGCGGGGCACGCCCGUGAACCGCAUCCCUAUCAUGGCCAAGCAAGUCCUGGACCUGUUCAUGCUGUAUGUGCUGGUGACUGAGAAGGGGGGCCUCGUGGAGGUCAUCAACAAGAAGCUGUGGCGGGAGAUCACCAAGGGGCUCAACCUGCCCACCUCCAUCACCAGCGCCGCCUUCACGCUGCGGACACAGUACAUGAAGUAUCUUUACCCCUAUGAGUGCGAACGACGCGGCCUGAGCAGCCCCAACGAGCUCCAGGCCGCCAUAGACAGCAACCGCAGGGAGGGCCGGCGCCAGAGCUUCGGGGGCUCGCUUUUCGCCUACUCGCCCAGUGGGGCCCACAACGUGCUGUCCUCGCCCAAGCUACCAGUGACUUCCCUGGGCCUUGCUGCCAGCACCAAUGGCAGCUCCAUCACUCCGGCACCCAAGAUCAAGAAAGAGGAAGACUCUGCCAUCCCCAUCCCAGUCCCGGGCCGCCUGCCUGUAUCUUUGGCGGGCCAUCCCGUCGUGGCAGCCCAGGCAGCUGCUGUGCAAGCGGCUGCGGCCCAGGCAGCCGUGGCAGCGCAGGCAGCCGCCUUGGAGCAGCUCCGGGAGAAGCUGGAAUCUACGGAGCCACCGGAGAAAAAGAUGGCCUUGGUUGCUGAUGAGCAGCAACGUCUCAUGCAGCGAGCUCUGCAGCAGAACUUCCUGGCCAUGACGGCCCAGCUGCCCAUGAACAUCCGGAUCAAUAGCCAAGCCUCUGAGAGCCGCCAGGACUCAGCUGUGAGCCUCAGCAGCGCCAAUGGGAGCAACAGUAUUAGCAUGUCUGUGGAGAUGAACGGCAUCGUGUACACAGGGGUGCUGUUUGCUCAGCCACCACCCCCUACACCACCCUCCGCCCCCAGCAAGGGCAGCAUUGGUACCAACAACACCGUGGGCAGCCGAACAGGAGCCGGCGGCGGGACCGGCAGCAGCCAGGUGGGCCUGGCCGGAGCGUCUGCGCCCAUCACAUCUACCUCAAACAACUCCUUGCCUUAAAGGAGAUCAAGUCGUGUCGCUGCCCACCCACCACGGGGACCACACAGCCACAUGGGGACCUGGGACAUCGGAAGAAUCCCAGCGGGCUGGGCAGAUUCCCAAGGAGCCACACUGACGCCAAAAAGGAGAGAGAGAGAAAAAAUAUAUAUAAAUAUAUAUAAUACAUAUAUAGAGAGAUAGAUAGAGAAACAGAUUUAAUAAAUCAGGGCAGAGAACACUUGAAUCUCUCAGGUUUUGGAGACUCCGAGAAAUGGAUUUGACAAGGGCCACCAAGGCAACUUGAAGCAGGAGGCCACCUUUCCAGAGGCUUCCAUGGGGGUCUGGCUUGACCCGCCCAGUUCAAGCUCGACUAUUUACCUCAUGAAUCCCAGCACUGUGUUCUCACUUGGGUCUUUUUUUUGUUGUUGUUGUUCCUGGGCCCUUAACUGUGGUUCCUUCUGGGAAAACCAACCAAGCCAGAGCCAGGAUCGUUGUUUUAUUUCAUUCUCCUUGGAAGCUAUGAAUUUUUUUUUCCAUUUUUAAACGAGAUCUCAGCAUUCAGAUGGAAAUUUUUUAAAGGUUUUGGGGUUUCCGAUUUUGUAAAUAUUCUAUUAUAUUCUGGAUGGUGGAGAUUGGAUCUCAGGAAGUGUCCCACCUGUAUGUCUAUAUAUUUGUGUUCAUUCAGGGAAACAAACUUUUUUUUAAGAGGCAAAAGCACCAGCCACGGUCUCCCAGCCCCUUUGGUGUCCUGUGGAGCCCCUGACUCAGCACCUUGACAGGGCUGGCCUAUGCUGGCUCUCAGCAAAUUCCACAGUUCUCUGUCAUGCUGGGCCCCGCCCACUGGCUCCAUCAUUCAGGGACCUGGAUCGCUUACCCAGGACACAGAAUGUUCUAGAAGCAGGUAGGGGGAGCCGCACACGGAAUACAGUGGCCUCGUGUGUCUCAGGGAUGAAGAUCUGGACUCUCUGCCUGGAUGGGUUGCUUCUGGGGAGGCAGGUGUGCCAGGCUUAGCUCAGGACAAGGAGUCUGCUGAGACAGGUCCGUAGCCUGUUCUCGUCUCUGUCGCUCCUCAUGCUGGGAGCAGUUAAAUAUGGCCAGGACGGACCCUGGUCCUUGGUCCCGUGUCUUGGUCCCAUCGUCCAAACGAACUGGGCGGUUCUUGGUAGGAUGAGGAGAGCUGAAUGUUAUCCUUGGCUACCUAUGCAGGUUGAGGUCAGCCUGGGCUACUUGAAACCCUGUCUCUACAAAGGGAGGACGGGGAGGCUGGGGGCAGUGGGACACGCCUUUAAUUCUAGCAUCGUGAGUAGGCCAGCCUGGUCAUACAGCCAAUUCCAAGCCACCUUGGGGCUACAGGAGACCCUGCCUCACAAAAGAAAACUGCAUUUCGUUUGGGCCGAAGCUACCAGGGCAGAGAUGACACAAUCUCCCCCUGAUAGGGGGACCUUCCCUGGAUUCUGCCUUGGUCGCUGUCCCCAUGGGGGCCAGGACAGGAACUCGGGGUGAGCUGGGGCCCGUUUGUCCCCUGUCCUAGAAGUCCCCUUGCUCUGUCUCUCGCUGUGGGGACAGCCCCCUUCCUUGCUGUCUCAGGGUUGACGGCACCCCCUUCCCAUCCUCCCAGGAGGAGGGUGUAGCCUUAUUUGGAGGGGAUGGGGAAUCUCAGCUUUUCCUUCUGGAAGCUUCUGCCUGCCCCCUUUCGGGGCCACUGUGUUAGCCGCACAAUCAUUCCUGGUCACGGGUGUUGAGGGGGUCUCUGUCCCCUUCUGACAACUCUGUGCAAAGUAGACCUCUGUGGGUAACCUGGCCUGGGGAGACAGGGGCCCGUCCCCCGUGUCCCUGGUAGGGUCUGAUUGAGGGGGUCGCCUUGGUGGGCACAUCCAGGGCAUGUUUCUUUCUACCUCAGGUCUUUUGAUGCCAAAAAGAAAAAAAAAUGCACCCAGGUCACCCACUUUCCUGGUCGCCUGGUCCACAGUGGGGACGGGAUGUCUGGGACUCUGAGUGGCCAGAAAGCGCCCACUGCCAAGGGGCCUUCCCACCAGGGCUCUGUGACUGUGGGGACACACUUGGUGGCCCUCCAUGGUCCUGUCACCCAGCCCUUGGCAUUCAGUGCAGUUGGCACUCAUUAUGCAAGCUGCCGUGGGCAUGGGGCUGGACACAGUCAUUGUCCACCCUGGGACCUCAGGGUUUGCGGGUCUGGGCAAGCCAGACCCCCCCAAACUCAGGGCAAAGAGGGUAUAAGGGCAGGUGCGGGCUGCUUCUAGAACCUUCCCAGGGACAAGAUGUUUCUGCAAUCUUCCUGGUGGCACUUCUGCUGGCCACCAGGCCGUAUGUAUGUCUGUCUGUCUGUCCAGCUGCAGUGGGUGGGUGGGCAUGGGGCUUGGAAACAGCUGAGUUAGUGUUUUCUGAGAGUUAUCUAUCUGUAUAGUCUUACGGGAUUUUUCUCUUUUUUUUUUUUUUUUUGGUCAUUUUUACACACUUCAUUUUUUUCCCCCAACCCCACAUAAUUUUGGCUUUUGUGGAUUUUAUUUUAACUUCUGGGUAAAGGUGAGCUAAGUUGUUUUGUUCAGAACAUGUGAACCUUUUAGUUUCUUGGGGUGGGAGGGGUUUGUCGGACAGUGUGGGGUCCCACACCAACUCAGGUAAAAUGGAGUUUAAAAAAAAAAGAAAAAAAUUUAAAAAGUAAAAAACUUUCUACCUCCGGUCAGUUCCCGCUGGGCUGUGGCCUGUGCGGAAUAUUCAGGAAAGUUCAACUGUUAACAGGAAAACUCAAACACAACAGCAACACAAAUGUGAUUUUUUGCAACUUAAAAAAAAAAACACUGAAAGUUUACAUUUUAUGACCUUAUUGUGGAUUGUAUUUAAACCUCAGAAAUAUUUAACGCAAUUGUAACCCUGUAAAUGGAUGAGAUUAAAGAGUUGAGACACUUCUGUGGAA